CGCAACAGAAGGUUGGAUGGAGCAGGGAGCCACAGUCAGUUGGCUAUGAGAACACCUUUCGCUCCACAGCACAACAGCAAAAAAGGUCCCCAGCUGAACACCCGUGUUGCCGCGCAGCUCAGAGCAUGAGGUGCCUGGAUCGGUUCCUGGAUCCACAGAAGAAAAUGCCAAAUCCAGCUAUGCAUGGGCAGGCAUCCUAACCUCCAGGGAAAUGGCCACUCGCUUCGGUACCUUUCUCCUUGGUUCCCUGGUGCCACUUUUGGUCUCAGGUGCACUACUGCCAGCACCUCAGAAUAUUACAAUCUUGUCCACGAACAUGAAGCAUUUUCUGGUAUGGAGUCCACUGACAGUGCCCGGAGAAGCUGUGAAAUACUCCAUCGAGUUUCAAGGAGAAUAUGAGAGGGACUAUGCAAACGACAGCUGGAUACCGAUUGGAGAGUGCACUGAUAUCAGUGCCACACAGUGUGACAUCACGGAAGACAUCUCAGCUACUGUGCCCUACAAUCUACGGGUCCGGGCGGCUCAGGGGACAGAGGUCUCACGCUGGGCCACUCUCAAUGGGCUUUUCAAUCGUGUCACCACAUCCCUCAUUCCACCCAUGCUCACUGUCAUGGCCGACGGGUAUCACUUGCUUGUGGAACUAGAGCACCUGGGACCUGCUUUUGAAUUCUUAGUACUCUACUGGAGGAAGGGCCAGGAAAACCAGGUAUACGAAAAAGUCGUGAGAGACAGCAACACCACCGUGCACCUGGAGACCAUGGAAGCUGGGGCCGAAUACUGUGUCAAAGCACAAACCUACGUGGAGGCCAUCAACCGCAGCAGCAAUUUCAGCCAGGUGCAAUGUGUGAAGGCCGCAGAUAGCAAAACCUUUUCAGUGAUAUUUGCCCCAAUUUUCUUCAUUGCCUUCGUGGUGGCUGUUUUUAUUCUUUUCUUACUGGCCUGGAAAACCUGCCAAGUCUGCCAGUAUUCCUGUUGCCCAAAUGAGGGUCUUCCAGACACUUUGAAACUAACAGAAUCACCUGCCGGGAUAAUAAACUACAGGGGAGAGGAAGCCGAGAAGUGUGACAUGUCUGUGCACGUGCAGCCCCCGGAUGAGCUGCUCCGCUUUUGGAUUCACGAUGCGCUUUAACAUCCCACUUGAAGACGCAGCCUGUGAAACAAGGCUGAAGAUCCUGCUCUCCUAACCACAUGGAGCCAUGCAGCUUCCCUUUCCUGAGGAACAUGUGAGACCAAGAUAGGAAAUCCAGGAUAAGUUUUCUUCAAAAGGAAAGCACUGUGCAAUCAGUCAUGGAUCCCACACUCCAGGUAUGGCAAGGAGGCUAGGAGAAGAUCCAUCCAUGGUGUCCAAGAACCAGAGCCCAGCUCAUGAAUAAAACAGAUAGAGACCGCGUUUGCAACCGUGUCAUCCUCUUGCUUAAACUGAGAUUUGGAAGACCUUAAGCUGAUUCCAGUGCAUUUGUUUUCUUACGUUCUUGGAAGGAAACACAGGGUACAGGAUGUUUGGGCAGGAGAGGUCUGUGAUCAAGGAACAGCAAUACGAGUUGUCUCCAGCUCACAGAUCUCCCCUGCAAAACCAACAUGAGGUUUGCAUUCAGAUGAAAUAUUUUUUGCAGGAAUUUUCCAUUGGGGGGUGUGUGUGAGAAUGGACUCUGCUACAGAAGCAACUAUCCCAUGCACCAUCAUGUACUAACUGGUCUCAGAAAUAAAAAGAAAUAUAGAGGUUUUUUCUUGCAUAGGCAAUUAAAAAGUUAAAGUUAUUGCUCUGAGCCCAGAACUCAGAAGUUGAGCUAGAGCAGAUCUUUCAAACAGCUUUAAAAAGUGGGCCAUUCUACACUCAUCUAAGUCCAUUAAAAUCAGUGGGCUUAGAAGGGUGUAACUCUGCUUAGGAGAUGGUACUGUCAGUCCCUGGUUAUCUUCUCUUAAAAGCUCCUAGGCACCAGGUGUUGGAGGAAAUGCUUUCCUCAUCUUGAGACAUUGGCAAGCAACUGCCAGUGGUUUCCAUCUUUUGUAUUUUUCAUCCCACCAAUCACUCUGUCAAAGAGCCAGGGUCCCAUCAUGUAGAAACAAAAUGACCAGGGUUCCCCAAAAAGGAUAUUUACAUGACCACAGGCAUUCUGCUAUUGGGAAGGAAGAUGGCAUGGUAUAGCCCAAUCUCAUCAAAUCUUAGAAGCAAAGCAUCAUCAGUAUUUGGAUG